AUGAAUAACAGCAGCAACAACAAUCAACUCAUCAACUUCAAUGAAAUGCACUCUACUAUUGAGUUCCAACAAGAUGCAGAUGAUUCAGACGAUGCAGAUGAUUCAGAUGCUGCAGAUGCUGCAGAUGAUGCAGCUGACAAAGUACUUGAAGACUCCAACAAAAAAGAAGAGCCAAAGACUAGUCAUGGCUUAAACAAGAUUGAGGUCUACAAACCUGUCAACAAUCACUGGAACGUCUUAAAAUUGAGAAAGGAGUCAAAACAGAAUUCAUUUUAUGCAUAUGAGGCUGCAGAAUUGCAAUUAGACACACAAAGGUCAUAUUUCCUCAGGAUGAUCAUGAUAGCACUUGAAAAUGUAGUGUACAAAUCUCAUACAGUGCCACCGCUACCUACUAAGGCUAAAGAGGACUUGAAGGAUAUUGAGCAAGUACCCAUUUCGGAUCCAAAGCAAGCGUACCGAUUAUGCUCGAGGAUUCAGGCGAAAUAUACCUUCAUCCCUGAAGAUUUUUUUUUUGAAAUCUAUGCGCACGUAAUUCGUUUAUUGCAUAGAAAAAAAUCUAUUUUGAAAACUGAGCGAUCAAAAGAUGCUACGGAGCAAGAUUUUGUAAAUGAAGCCUGGACACCAAUUAUGGCGGCAAUAUUCAACGACAAAGCCUUAGUUUUGAAGUGGGGUGAUUCUGUUUCGCAAACUUCAGCUUCAGCAAAAAAAAGAACGCUGCCCGAGGAAAACGUUCUGGGAGAUAGAGUGGAUCUUAGAAUUAUGACAAAUAUUAAUGGGAGUAUGCACGAUGUGUUGGCUGGUGAAUUUGCAAAUAGCAAACUUGGCCCACGGAAAUUCAUUUCAGAUCACUUGAAGGUGCUACGAGAAUCAAAAGUUAUUUUGGAUCAUAUAGUCAAUCAAGAAUUUACCACGGGACACGAUGCACGAUGA